AUGUUUGAGCGUUUCGGCGACUGUAAGAAGGUUCUCAUCCCUCCGCGUCAGUUGUCAUUUAUCAUCAUAAAAUUUCCGCUCAUUUUUUUUGAUUUUCUGAAUGAUUGCGCUUUCAGAAGGAGGCGUCAGCGCGUUGAUCAUCAUGGGGAACGCUGUCGACGCCAAGAAGGCUUUCAAGGCGCUGGCCUAUUCCAGGUCGGUUGUAAAAUAUAUGUAGAGCUUGGAGCAUAGGAGUGCGCGAAAGUCACAGAUUGUCGAGCUCAAGGAAAACGAAUUUUUAACCACUUCGUUGACUAGAACAAAUUAUGGUCGAUUUCAGGCUUCUAGAAGUAUAUAUUCGUCUCAUUUACGGAGAAUUUGAAGAUUAUGUCUAUAGAACUUAAUUUUUCAAGAAAACUCUAUUUUUUUUCUGUUCGGCUCAUUUUUUUCUAUCAAAGCCAAAUCGAAAUCUGUUGAAGAUUCCGAACGCAGCCGCUCUACCUAGAAUGGGCGCCACACGACGCGAUAAGCGGCAGUGAAACUAGUGCUGAGAAAGUUGAAGGCGUUGAAGAAAAUACCAAGACGAAAAAGUCGAAGCGAGAGUUGACCUACGAGGAGAAGGUCAGAGAAAGGAAACGGCGGCAAGGAAUUUUGGAAGAGGAGGAGAAAGAAGAAGUGGAAGAAGCUGUGGAAGAGGUAUGCUACAAGUCGAAAUUGUCAGUCUAAAUUAUCUCGCUUUUUGGGAUUCGUUUUAAAAUUUUUAUUGAUGAUAGUCGGGUCAGAAAUAGCAAGGUUAAUUAAAUAUUUUGGAGAAGUGUUCGAAGACAAAAAUAUGUCUCAUGUUAAUGAAUCCAUUCUUCAGGCUGAAAACGAUCAAAAAGACGAAGAGAAAGCAACAGAAACGGUCAAGAAUGGGGAAGAAGACAUUUUCGAGCCGGAAAGCACGCUUUUCGUCAAGAAUCUUUCUUUCGACACCAACGACGCCGCUUUGGACGCCUUCUUCAGGUCCCUUUCCACUUGUCGAACUGAAAAUUUCAAUUUGAGGAACCAAACGGCUUAUGAUGAAAAUUUGAAAAAAAAUAUGCUAUUUACUUAAUUCUUACAGAAGGAAAUACAACAUACGGUCGGCCCAAGUGUCCAAAAAACUCAACCCGAGCAAUCCGUCGAAAAACCUGUCCAUGGGCUUCGGUUUCGUUCAGUUCUACACAAGGAACGAAGCUAUGAAGGCUUUGAAAGAAAUGCAGGUAAAAUAUUAAAUCAUUGGAUCAUAAAAGUUGAUGACAAAAAAUAUAUUAAAAGGGAUAGAAAUUUAAAAAAAAGGAUGUUUUCAAAAAUUUCAAAAAGUCUAGCGGAAAUUUGUAUUAAAUUUUUGAAACUUAGUCUUUCACCUUCAGAUCGACUCUUAUCGAAACAGAGCAGUUUCGAUUUUUGGAAAAAAAUCCUCAAAAAAAUUUCAAUGUUUAUAACAUAUGAAGCUAUUAUAGUUUCAAAAAAAUUUCGAAAAAAAUAAGUUAAUAUUUUAAUAUUUCUAUAAAAUUGAGGGGGAACUUCGAUAAACAGUUUUUUUGAUUAUUUUUCGUUUCUGUGAACAUCAAAUUUCAGGGCGAACUCCUUGAAGGCCACAGUAUCGAACUCAAGAUUUCGCAUAGACAGGUUUUUCCUUCAUUUUCCAUAGAAAAAUAUCAACUUCAAUCAAUUCAAGACGCUCGACAAAGACUCGAUGAAACGGAAAACGGUCGAGAAAACGAAACAAGGCGAUUGUACCAAGAUUCUCGUCAGAAAUAUACCUUUCACGGUUUUUAUUUCCUAGAAAAGCAUUGAUAAUUCAAAUAUUUUAGGCGAAAAUCAAAGAAGUUGAGAGUUUAUUCUCUACAUUUGGUGAUAUUCAGAACGUCAGAAUACCAAAGAAGGUGAAGAACUCGAAAAGUUCAAAAAUAUGUCGGUUUUUCAGUUGGGAUCAAAAGACCAGCACCGUGGAUUCGGUUUCGUCGAUUUCGCGUCAAAAGAAGAGGCCAAAAGAGCUUUCGAUUCUCUGGUCCACUCCACUCAUUUGUUUGUUUCUUUUUCAUAUUUGGAUGAGGAAAAGGUCGACAGGAAUCAUUCUUAGGAGUUUGUUUGAAAAUUUAGAAAACGAAAAACAGCAUAUCGUAUUUUCUAAAGUCAAAAGAUUUGGUUAUCAAGACUCUUAAAAUUCUACUUCUGCAUGCCAAUUCAGAAAAAAAUUUCAAAUUAAAUAAAUAAAUGGAGGCAAACACUUAAAUAUGAAUAAGUCUUUUUUUUUAGUUUCCUAGAAAUAAGUUUUGAUUAUCAAGGUCCUGAUAGCUCUAACCUGCGCCAUUGCUCAGUUCUUAGGAAUCGAAAUCUCGGAAACCCGCAAAAAUCCUAGAAAAAAACUGCUCUUCAGAUAAUCUGAGGCUUCAUUUCUCAAAAAAUGAAAAUCCAUGCGCCUUUUUUUCCUAUUUGGUCCUUGUAUGUGAGUCCAUGAAGUAAAUGAAUUAUAAAAUCCCGUUUAAGCAUUUCAAUUUUUAAAUAAGACAGAAAAAAACUGAUCUCAGAUUUUAAUUUUCAACCAACCGUGUGAUAAAGAAAACAAUUUCGAAAAAAAAAAUCGAAAAAAAAUCGACGGAUUCCAGGUACGGUCGCCAUCUUGUGCUUGAAUGGGCAAAAGAGGACGACAGCGUGGAGGAGUUGCGCGAGAAAACCGCCGAGAAAUUCAGGUGAUCAGGAACUAGAGCUUGGUUUCAACCGAGUAUUCGAACUUCAGCGGAGAAAAAGGAGCGAAAAAGAAGAGGAAGGCUCAAUUGGAAGCGAUUCAGAAGCAGCUCCAAGUCGUCGACGACGAAAAGCAAUGA